UUGAUAUUAACAAGUCCUUACCAUUGAACGAUGACCUUUAAUGAGAGGUAUGCAUCGCUUUUAGAUAAAUGCGUAACAUCUUUAACAACGUGGAAGACAUUUAUACAGGAAAAUUUAAAGGAGCAAGAAUAUGAUAUUGAAGCAACUAAGCUACGAGAUAUUACAAGACAAUACUGUGAAAUUGAUAACAAUUUUCAAAGAUCUGGUGAAGCAAUUAAGCUGGUUGAAAAUGCUGUAUCUGAUCCUUCCCAAAACUAUGACAUAGAUGCAAUGUACCAAGAGAAUCUUUUGAAACAAGAUAUCAAAGAUCCAACGAGGAAUGAAAUAUGGCAGCAAAUAUGUUGUGAUGAUGUUGCAGUUCGAGUGAUUAAACCUAAGAAACAGAAAAAUAAUGAGCACUAUGAAGAAGUGAAUGAUUCUGUGAUGUGUUCCAGCUCGUUUUCUGCACCGAUAGAUCCCAUUUCAAAACGGGUAAUUCGAAAGCCUCUAAGAAACAGAAAGUGUAAGCAUGUCUACGAUAGCCAGUCCAUAUAUGACUAUAUUCGACAAUCUGGAAGAAAAGCCAGAUGCCCAUAUGUGGGUUGCAAAAAUAACUCACUAGCCCCGGAUCAUUUACAAGAAGACUCUCAACUGGAACAGCGGAUUUCACAGUUUCUUGCCCAACAAGAAACUGAUAGUUCAGGUUCGGAUGAGGACUCAGAUUAACUAAUGCGUUUAUUUUAUUUCAUUGUUCUUCGAUUGAUAAUUUUUCAUUUUUGUUAGUUUUUUAAUAUAUGAGAUACAUACACGGUCAGAUAUACCAG